GGAAAAUAACGAGAAGGACUCUUAUGGGGCAUUACUGUCGUUUUUGCAACUUAGCAGAACACUUCACUAAUGGCCGCUUUUCUUUUCUGUUUUCUCCCAGCUCCAUAGACCAGAAUCGUCCUUCCGCCUGAAUGAAUGAAGAAGGCUGAAAAAUGGGAAGUAGGGUUUUUUACUUGAGUUCUGGAUUAAUGGAAGUAGAGAAUUCCCAAUGAAGAUGCAGUGCUGCGCCUCAUUACUCUAUGGUUUGGAACAUGGUGAUAGGCUGGUAGCUGUCACAAAUUUUUCUGUGCUUAGUUUGAUUUAAAUGCGUUUGGAUUUGGUCAUUUUCGUCUUGCUUUUAAUCUAGAUUUCUGCAGUUUCUUAUACUGGAUUGUGAAGGUUUUUGGGUGGAUUUGAUCGUUUGAAGUUUUAAAAGUACUGAGUAUUCAAUAGUGCAUGGUUAGUGUUCGACAAAUUGUUUCAGUCAGUAGUAAACAUAAGUGUUUGUCAAAUUGGCUUAACCAAGUCUCGCACAUUGUUUUUAGCUAUAAAUUAUUCCUAAAUAGGCAGGUUGAGGGUUUAGGAGGUGGUGAAUUGCCGCUUUGGAUUAGUGAUUCUUCGGAAAAUGGACAGGAUCAGUGACUUACCGGACUCAAUCCUUUGUGAAAUUCUCGCUAUACUACCUACUAAGAACGUUGUUGCAACUAACAAGCGAUGGAAAUCUCUGUGGACUCGUGUUAAUUCGUUUGAGUUCUAUGAUCAAAAAAGCUAUAAGUUCCUGCUAGGAGUAGGGGAAAGUGGAGGAGAAGAAAGACCUUUUGAGCAAUUUGUUGACAAGGUUUUGAGUCCCCAGCGAUUGGAAACAAUCAACAAGUUUCGCCUUUGGUGUGAAUGGGAUUGCCAACCAGUUUAUGUUUCUAAGUGGAUCAGCAUUGCCAUUGCUCGAAAUGUUGAACUUCUUCAUGUUCAGCGUGCUGUCAUUGAAGUUUCUCAUGAUCCAGUGCUUUUGUUCAUCUACCUGGUGCACUUUUCUCCUGUAGGACACUAGAAUCUCUUGCUUUAAAUGGGCCAUUCCUGCUUGAGAUCCCUGAAACUGAAACUACAACUGGAAGUUUUGGAACUUGGUGUUCUUAAAUAUGGAUCAAACGAGUUGUUUCAGAAGCUUAUAUCUAGUUGUCCGGUGCUUUACUCGCUCACUAUCUAUAGGGAUUAUGCUGAUGGUUUGACUGUUUGCGAUAUAACUUCCAGUUCACUAAGAUUUCUUCAAAUUACAGAUGGUUUCCUCUGUGACGACACUGAUCAGCUGAAAAUAUGUGCACCUGCUCUUGAACAUCUCUUAUUUAAACAUCAUGGAAUCUGUGAAAUCUCAAUGGAAGGACUUCACUCUUUGAUGACAGUGGAGCUUGAUCUGAACUGUGUGGACUGUGAUGAUAUUGAUUUGUGCGAUUUGCUUGUUGAUCAAGUAAUUCAAGCCGUGAAUCGUGCCAUGGUGAUGAAAUUCUAUCAUUCAACAAUGGAGACACUUAACGGUUCCUUAGCUGAAUUGUCCGUUCCAUUUGAUAGAUUAACUGAACUGUACAUAGAAUACGACUUCUGUGAUUGGGGGCGUUUGGAAGAUUUGCUGCACUGGUUCAUGAAAUUACGUGUCCUUCACAUCGAAAAGUUUGAGGAUAUAUCAAGAUGUCAUUGGACUGAUCCCACCCGUGUUCCUGAUUGCCUGAAGCUCAAUCUGCAACAUGUUUCAUUCAUUGGAUUCGAAGGCAGUAACAGGGUUGAGUACGAACUCAUAAGGUAUAUCCUAGAACAUGGUUCAGUGUUGGAAAGGAUUCAACUUCGAGGUGACCCGUCUGAGUCAGAAAAGAGGUUGCUCAUGCAUCAGAAAAUUUCCAUGUUCCGCAAAGCUUCUCAGUCCUGUCAAAUUGAAAUCUCUUGAUAUGUGGGCUUCCUUCCAUGACAGGUUUUUGAUAAGAGAAUUAGGAGCCUCUUUGUGUUCUGAGUUAGUCCCUGGGAGAGAAAAUUGGUGAAGAAAGGCAGUUUGAAGGACAUUUGGGAUUAUGUUAUUAUAACAAUUUCACCUUAAUAUGGUGGUAGUCAGUAAAUUCAAGUAAUGGCGUAUUUGGAUGCUUUUGUACUAUGUUUGUUCCUUCUUAAUGAAGAUUUGUAUUAAGUAUUAACGUUAACCUAAGCGUUGCGAGCUGAAAUCCUUUAUGUAAUCCUUUGUCAUCUUGAUCUGGUUUUGAACGUUCCUAGC